AUGCGUGUAGGCUUCGUUUUCGCCCUGCUCGUCGUCAGUGUGAUCGUGUGCUUAAAUGGGCUCACCAGCGCCGAGAGCACCGUCGUCAUGAAUAACCGGAAUCCCGACUCCAUCAACGUCCCCAUAAGCGAUGAUAUCACAAGCCGCAACCUCAGGGCGAGCGGUGAAGAGAGAGCCUACGCCUUUGUGGACAAGAUCAAGAGUCUUUUUAGCAGGCCUGGCAUCAGCCAGAAAGUCGAGAGUCUGCAGAAGAAUCCCGCCAUGGUCAAGAACUUGGAGAAGGCUGCGUUAAGCCUCCGCCACUUCAAACGACGCUUCGAUGAGCGGAGAGAUGUGUGCGAGGUGCUCGUGACGUGGUUUCGUCGUAGAAGUAAAGAAGGGUGA